AUGAGGGGUACAGUGGGCACGUUGGCUGUAUGGUGUCUGUGGCUGCUGUGCGGCGUAAACUGGAUGCAGCUAGCUGCAGCAAAGGAGGUGAAGUUUGUACCUACAGUUACGAAGGUGAAGGAUGAUGACAGCUUCAACAUCAUGCCGUUCGAUGACUCUACAGUGCUGCUGAGGCUUUCAAGUGAUAAGGUGGUGAUCAGUAGGGAUAACGGUGUCUCUUGGUCCGGAAUUGGUGGCGUCAAGGGGCCCGUUGUCGCCAUGAGGGUGGACGAGCAGUACCCUAAGACCAGAGCAUCGAUAUUCACUGUUGACGGCGGUGUGCAUUUGACAGAUGACAUUGGCAAGACAUGGAGGCAUUCAAAGUUACAGCUGGAGGAUGGGAUGGGGAUUUACAACUGUGUGCUGUACUCUCACCCUGAGUCCAAGGACUAUAUGCAGAUGAAUUGCAACGUAUGUGAAAAAAGCGAUAAAUCUCCUUCGAAAUCACAACAUUUCAGGUCGUCGUUGAAAAACUGCAGAAGAGAAACGUUUGCCUCGAGGGAUAAGGGCAAAACAUUCAAAGAAGUUCGCCUGAACAACCAUAACGAACUCGUUAAGGAUACAAUCACCAGUGAUGUGGAAUGCCAGUUUGCGAAAAAUUACAAAGAUUCGCCUAUGGACGUCGCGGAUUCGACUAUUCUGUGCUAUUUGGAAGUGAUAAAACGUGAGGAAAACAUUCAAAAGUUCCCAGUGGCUUUCUUCUACACGACAGAUUUUGGGAAGACGACCACCCCGGUCUCCUUCUUCAAAGAUAUGAUUGUCACGUCAUUUGAAAUUUUGAAAUCGUACAUCGUUGUCAUCACACAAGGUGAUAAGUACAACCAAUUCUCCCCCAAAAGAAUAUGGAUCUCCACGGAUGCUGUGGAUUUUAAGGAAGCAUAUCUGCCUACUAACUUACGGAACAUCGUACCCCAGACGAUUACCGAAGAUCUACAGGGAAGAAUCAUUUGCCCCAUCAAGUCAAUGGAUCCAAAGGAUGCAGAGGACCCAAACAGCACCAUAACUGGUAACACGGCAUCUGAAAUAUUCGUGUCAGAUUCCUCAGGGUUGAAAUUCCACGUACUCGAUUGGUUUUCUGAUGCAGACGCUGGCUUUGCUGCGAUGCAACAGCUAGAAUUUCUGAGGGGGACCUCGAUCCUAAAAUACUUCUCGUCCCUAAGCGGGAGGGGAAGGAAGAACCAUAAUAAAGAAGGUAAGAAGGGGAAGGGGAAGUUCAAAAGAAAAGUGGUCACAAAGAUCACUACCGAUAACGGUAUCACUUGGAAAAACUUGAGAGUGAUAGAUCCGAACAGUGACGACGACUACCCAUGUGACAUCACGAACGUCGAAAAUUGCUCCUUGAAAUCGUUCAUUUUCAGCGAUGAACUGGCAGAUCCAGCGGCCGGUAUCAUGAUGAUGAUUGGCUCCGUGUCUGAUGGAUCCGUAAUAAGUCUUGAAGACCAAGCCACUUUCCUCACCAGAGAUGGCGGGGACACAUGGAGGAAAGUUUUUGACUUCCCAGUAGCAUAUGUUAUGGGAGACUACGGGAAUGUGAUAAUGGCUGUUCCCUUUGACCCAGAAGAAGAUGGAGAUCUACAGAGCGAAAUAUACUACUCCUUGGAUCAGGGCUACACUUGGAACGAAUACGAAUUGCCGGAAUCGUUCUUCCCUAUAGAGUUACUCUCCGUUACAAGAGACGGAUCAGGUCUCCAUUUCAUGCUAAAUGGUGCCUCAUUCCGCAUGGACAGUGAUUCCACAUUUAAUCUUGUCUACUCUAUUGAUUUCUCUAGUGCAUUCGAUGGGCGGAAGUGCAUGGAUGACGACUUUGAAUCGUGGGAUCUUAACAACGGAAAAUGUAUCUCAGGCGCCAAAUAUAGUUACAAAAGAAGAAAGCAGGAUGCAGAGUGUUUAGUUGGAAGCACCUUUAAGGACUUACAAUUGAUUGAAGAGGAGUGCCAGCAGUGUGAUGAAUCCGAUUACGAAUGUGCCUUUGAAUUUUCAAGAGAUAAAAAUGGUAAUUGCGUCCCAGACUAUAAUCUGCUGAAACUCUCGGAGGUAUGUUCAAACAAAAAGGGGACUGUUUCAUUAAAACCAAUGAAACACCUCAAGUCUGACAGAUGCAAAAACCCUAUGGAUAUUGAAUUGGUACAAGUUGAAUGCCCUGGUUCAACUGAUCCUGCCAAAGGUGGUGAUUUGGUUGUGGCCACUGAAAAUAAAUAUGACAACAAGAUAAGGUUCUAUCAGUAUUUUGACUCUUCAACCGAAGAAAGUAUCAUUAUUGUUGAUGAAUACGGAGUUGCUUACAUUUCACACGACGGUGGGAUUAUAAUGAAGCAUUUGGACACUAAUGAUGAGCGAAUCCAAGAAGUAAUUUUCAACCCACACUUUAAUGACUCCGCGUAUCUAUUUGGUACUAACGGCAACCUUUUUAUGACACAUGAUAGCGGGUACAGUUUCUCGGCCACAGAACUACCAGAAUCCAUGCAAUUGGGAUUCCCAUUAGACUUCCAUGCGCACGACAAGGGUAAAUUUAUUUAUUAUGGUGCGACAAACUGUGAUUCAAUUUACUCGCCAGAUUGUCACGCAGUUGCCUUCAUCACACACGAUGGGGGUGAAACGUUUCAAGAAAUGUUAGCAAAUACAAUACAUUGCGAGUUUUCGGGUUCGCACUAUGAACAUCCGUAUAACAAAAACAUGGUUAUCUGUCAAGUUAGGGAUAAAAAAUCUCAAAAGAUCAUGCUUGUUUCCUCCACAGAUUAUUUCAAGAACGAUAAACACAUAAUCUUCGAUGAUAUCAUAGGAUACAUGUCGAGUGAAGGAUUCAGCGUUGUCGCUGUUAAUCAUGAUAAUCAAGAGUUGCGGGCGUUGGUUACUUUAGACGGUCAUGAAUUCGCUGAAGUUAAGCUACCACAGGAGCUAGAAGGUAUGAAACAGGAAACGUUCACAGUCCUUGGUGCCGAAAUGGGUAGUAUUUUCAUGCAUAUGUCUACCAACACAGAACCGGACCAUUCCUACGGUGACUUGAUGAAAUCCAAUUCUAAUGGUACAUCUUUUGUCACAUUGCAGAAAGCUGUGAACAGAAACGAUAUUGGUAUUGUAGACUUCGAAAAAAUUCAGAGAUUGGAAGGGAUAAUCUUAAUCAACGUAGUUGACAACCCUGAUGAUGUCAAAAAUAAUGAUAAAGACAAGAUUUUAAGAUCCAAGAUUACGUUUAAUGAUGGUUCGGACUGGUCCUAUCUUACCGCACCUCAAAAAGAUUCGGAAGGGAAAAAAUACCGUUGUAACACCAAGAAACCUGAAGAAUGCUCUUUGAACAUUCACGGGUUUACCGAAGGUAUAGACGGUAGAGAUACGUACUCAUCGGGAUCUGCUUUAGGGAUGAUGUUUGCUUUAGGUAAUGUUGGUGACUCUCUCUUGCCCAAGGAUAAGUGCUCGACAUUUCUCACCGUUGAUGGUGGGAAGACUUGGAAAGAAGUUAGAAAGGGUCCUUCGCACUGGGAAUAUGGUGAUCAAGGGGGGAUUCUUGUGUUAGUCCCAUCUAUGGACUUGACGAACACGUUAUCUUAUUCUUUGGAUAAUGGUUUGAACUGGAAUGAAUUUCAAUUUACUGAGGAUAAAGUUGUUAUUGCGGACCUUGUUACAGUACCAAGAGAUUCCGCAUUGAGAUUCUUAUUGAUUGCGGCUUCCACGAGUAUUACUGGUGAAUCUGGUAGGACAUUUGCCAUUGAUUUUUCAAACAGCUUCGAAAGACAAUGUAAAUUUGGCUCUGAAGGUAAAGACAGCGAUGAUUUCAAAUAUGUUUCUUUGCAACCAGAUUGUUUGUUUGGUCAUAAAUCUGAAUUCUUGAAGAAGGUCAACAGUCACUGUUAUGUUGGACAGGUACCAUUGUUUUCUUACACUAGAAUUAUUGAAAACUGUACUUGUGGCAGACAAGACUUUGAAUGUGACUACAAUUAUCAAAGAGUCAAAGACGGGACUUGUAAACUGAUUGAUGGGUUAACACCCCAACCAGCGAUUAAUGUUUGCAAAUUGGACCCAGAGUUGGUCGAGUAUUAUGAACCCACCGGUUACAGAAAGAUUCCAUUGUCGACCUGUCAAGGGGGUUUAAGAUUAGACGAAUCCUCCGACAAAUUUGCAUGCCCCGGAAAGGAAAAAGAAUUCAGGGAAAGAUACAGUGUCAGUGGUCAUUUCUUCUUUAGCACGUUCUUUAUCUUCUUCCUUCUUUUCAUUAUUUUCGGCUGGGUUAUUUACGAUAGAGGUGUUAGAAGAAAUGGAGGGUUUGCUAGGUUUGGUGAAAUUAGGUUAGGAGAGGAUGAUCAACUCAUUGAGAAUAACACCAUGGAUAAAUUUGUAAAUUCCAUUUUGAAAGGUGGGUUGGUCCUGUUCUCUGGGAUCUACGCAGGGGUGCAUCUAUCAAGUAGGGCCAUCACGGCAUUUUUCAGGCGUGCUUCGGAAAGGUUCGGUGGUCGGAGAAAUCCAAGCUAUACAUCUCUGAUGAAUGAUCAGUUCCUCGAUGAGGCAGAUGACUUGUUGGCUGGCCAUGACGAAGAUGCAAAUGAUCUAUCUAGCUUCAUGGACCACGAGAACAACUUUGAUAUUGAUGAUGAUGACGAAAGUGUACCUGCAGGCUUGAACGGAGAAAGUGUCUCAUCCAGAAAUGAAGCUGAAGAGACAACGAAUUUUGCGGCUCCUCGAUCUGUGCCAAGUGAAGAACCUGAAUUGAAAAAGACUACUGGAGCCGGCAGCAACAGUUUGGUGGCUCCAGGUGAAGCACAAAACUUUUCAAAAGACACUGAUAACACCGAGGCACCAAAAUAA